GUGUUAAUACUACUACUUAAUAAUAGGUGUUGCCCUCAGAUACAUCCCAUUCCGACUGUGGUCAGUCAACGUCCCGGUUUAACGAAGCGGGUAGGUGACAUUACAACAGCUUCGACUAUUCCGGCUCCUUACAUCACCAGUAUUAAAAGAUGUUUUCCAACUUUGGAACCUACACACGAGCCAUCGUCCGCGAGAUUCCGAACUCCAUUCGGGAUCACUCGGAGGCGUUCGUAGACCGCGAAGAGGAAGGCCUUCCAAUGCCCCAGCAGAUCAACCUAGCGAGAGCGCGCCGAGAGCACGAGCUGUACACGCAGACCCUGCGGGACCUGGGGCUGGACGUGACCGUGGUGCCGGCGGACGAGUCCACCCCCGACUGUACCUUCGUGGAGGACACCUGCAUCGUGGUCGGCAACAAGGCCCUGCUGACCCGCCCGUUGCGCGAAGGACGAAGGAAUGAGAUCGAUUCUAUGGAAAGCGUACUGACCGAGCUCGGAUUGGAGGUACACAGGAUUCUUGACAAAAAAGCAACUUUGGAGGGCGGAGACGUUGUGUUUACCGGACACGAGUUCUUCGUCGGCGAUUCCAAGGUUUCCAACACUAGAGGUCACGAGAUCCUGGCAGAGACCUUCCCGGAGUACCCCGUGCACCCUGUCCCGCUGGCCCCGCCCGAGUUCCACCUGAAGGGAGUCAUCUGCAUGGCGGCACCGGGAGUCAUGGCUGUAGCAGAGAGCGAAUGGGGCACAAUCGCUUGGAAGAGCGUGCAGGAACAAGGCAAGGUCAAGUAUGAACCUCUGUGGGUCCCUGAAGAUGACGACACUGAAUUCCAUACAUGUGACGUCAUCUAUUUCAACGGAAACCUGAUCCACUGUACGAGUGAAUACGGACCCAAAAGUGUGAAGAGGUUUAAGAAAAGGUUUCCGGACCUUAACCGAGUGGAGGUGGGCUUUGACGAGCUGGAGAAAGUGGAUGCUGGGUUGACUUGUUGCUCCGUCCUGUUUUAAAGAUGAAACAACUGAGCCGACACUGAUGAAUCAUCAGCAACCUGGUCGUCAUAUUCUUAUUCUGUUGUUUAUUUGUUUCGCUUUUCACUGAUCAUACAUCUUUUUGUAUUAUUAUAACAUAUAUGUAAGUUCUUUUCUUUGUUAUUUCUGAUUUGAUUGAUCAUACAUCUUGUGUAAGCAUAGAGGAGGAGGGCACAGCAUAAACUGUUAAGGUUUUCCCCUCCUCCUGCACCUGUUUUAUGUUUGAUUCUUUUCUGUAUUUAUUAUCAUUUUGUAUGUGCAAAAUAAAUAAACAAACAAAAUACUUUUAAAACAACAACAAUAAGUACAUGAUAAUGAAUGUAUAAAACAUGAACAGUGCAAGGGAGGCAGAAAGCUUCUGCUCAUGAAAUGCCUUUGUAUACUAUAUUAUUACAAUUCAUAUAAAUUAAACAAAAGAAAUAAGUAUGGAUAAUAAAUAACGGAACCAAUGGCAUGAAAACAUAUUACACAAAAUAAUUAACAGUAACUUGGGAAAUAAUAAAUGGAAAUAAGUAUAAAUUGAAGGUUACCAGUAGUAAACAAAUUAAACAAAAGAAAUCAGUAUGGAUAAGAAAUAACGGAACCAAUGUAAUGAAAAACAUAUUACACAAAAUAAUAAAAAUAACCUAGGAAAUAAUAAAUGGAGAUAAGUAUAAAUUGACGGUUACCAGUAGUAAACAAGGAAGUAUACAAAUUAAACAAAAGAAAUCAGUUUGGACAAUGCAUGACAGAACCAAUAGAAUGAAAACACAUUGCACUGGAUACAGUAAUCAACCAUAACUUAGGUAAUAAUAAAUGGAUAUAGAAAAAUUGAAAGUUACCAGAAUGAAACAAGGAAGUGUAAAACUAUUUUUCGAACCAUUGGAACGACCCCAAGAUAUCAAACUUGAUAUUGAAAUGCAUUAAAGUGAUUCGUCACAUAACCUGGCUGUUACUUGUUCUUUCGUAAGUUAACCACAUGUUACAUAUAGUCAUGCAUGCUUUCACACUAACAUUCAUACAAUAAAAAGACAACAAUAUUUUCACGAGAGUCAAAAUAUAUUUAUGUACGCUCAAGAAAAUCUUUCGUAUGUUAAGAGACGCCGAUAGUCUUACCUUCGAAUAAACAGAGUGAGCCUCAUUUA